CGGUGUCUUUGGUUCCGGCCGGCGGCAGCAGGAAGGGCUCGGGGCAUGCUGGCCGGGGAGACGGGCAGAGCGGUCAGGCGGCUCCUGCGGGCCGGAGGCGCGGUCAGGAGAGAUGUACUGAUGGUGUAACAAUUACCAAAGACAUGACUGGGGGUAAAAACACACAAAAAUAGGAUUGUACCGGAGAAAAAUAACAGUGUUCUGUGUAUUACAGUGUCCUUGCCUAUAAUUCCUACAUGAUGUGUUAAUGUUGUUACUGAUUUUCCAGUAGAAGACAGCAAGCAGACUUUCCCCCUUACUUUUUUAGGCAUAAAGUAAUGAAGAACUGGGGUGUUGUUGGUGGAAUUGCUGCUGCUCUGGCAGCAGGCAUAUAUGUUCUCUGGGGUCCCAUCACAGAAAGAAAGAAACGCAGGAAAGGGCUUGUGCCUGGCCUUCUCAACUUAGGAAACACCUGUUUCAUGAACUCUUUGCUGCAAGGCUUAUCUGCUUGUCCAUCUUUCAUCAAGUGGCUGGAGGACUUUACAGCCCAAUACAAGACUGAUCAGAAUGAAUCAUCGGAGCACCAAUAUUUGUCCCUUACUUUGCUGUGCCUCCUGAAAGCUUUAUCCUGCCAAGAGGUCACAGAAGAUGAUGUCCUGGAUGCAAGCUGUUUGUUAGAAGUGUUAAGGUUGUACAGGUGGCAGAUCUCGUCAUUUGAAGAGCAGGAUGCUCAUGAACUAUUCCAUGUCCUUACAUCUUCGUUGGAAGAUGAGCGAGAUCGUCAGCCCCGGAUCACACACUUGUUUGAUGUGCAUUCAUUACAGCAGCCAGAAAUAACCCAAAAGCAAAUAAGCUGCAGGACAAGAGGGUCACUUCACCCCAUGUCAAGUCACUGGAAGUCUCAACAUCCUUUUCAUGGAAGGUUGACAAGUAACAUGCUUUGCAAACACUGCAAACACCAGAGUCCUGUGAGGUGUGAUACAUUUGACAGUCUUUCGCUGAGUAUUCCAGCAGCCAUGUGGGGUCGUCCUAUGACACUGGACCACUGCCUCCACCAUUUCAUCUCUUCUGAAUCAGUAAAGGAUGUUGUAUGUGACAAUUGCACUAAAAUUCAGGCAGAAGAGACACUGAAUGGGCAAACCACAGAAAACCAGAGAACAACGUUUGUUAAACAAUUAAAGCUAGGGAAGCUCCCUCAGUGUCUAUGUAUCCAUCUGCAAAGGCUGAGCUGGUCAGACCAAGGUAUGCCUCUGAAACGUCAUGAACAUGUGCAGUUCAACGAGUUCCUGAUCAUGGACAUCUACAAAUACCACCUCCCUGUCCAUAAAUCAAGCCAGCAUGAUCUAAACCAGAAAGGCAAUCCAUGGAUGUCGUCUGAAACAAAGGAUGGGUCAGCAGUAAAAGCCUCAGAUCUGGAGCAGACAUGUAGCACUAAAUCAUUCUUUAUGAAUGGUGCCUGCUCUUCUUCAUUAUUAACGUCCCCGAUAACUUUCCCACUUGCAGUAGUUCCAGACUGCAGUUCCCCAGUGUACCUCUACCGUCUGAUGGCUGUUGUAGUUCAUCAUGGGGACAUGCAUUCUGGACACUUUGUGACAUAUCGCCGCUCUCCGCCUUCUGCCAAGUCCGCACUCUCUGUUAGUAACCAGUGGUUGUGGAUUUCAGAUGACACUGUGCGCAAAGCUAGUUUGCAAGAAGUGCUUUCAUCUAGUGCUUACCUGCUCUUUUAUGAGCGUGUUCCCUCAAGAGUGCAGCACCAAACUCAGGAGUUCAGGGCUGAAGAAUAACUUGGGCCUCUGGAGAAGGAUAAAACAUGAGAAAACUGCUCUUGUGAGGUGUAGAUUGCACCUCCUGGCUGUUGUGCAAAUAGCCCACUGGAUGCCCUUCGAUCGUCCACACCUGCCUGGCAAUGGAGCCUGGCUACUGCAGGGAGCUAGUGUCUGAUACCAAAACGACGCUGCCCAAAGUUGGUCUGCUGGUGCUGGGCACUCCAGGGUGUGUCUGCAUUAGAGAAGCAUAUUUGCUGUUCAGAUAAUAUUCUCUCUGCACCACAGAUUUGAAACAUGGAAUUUAAAACAAGGACUUUCCAGGGCCACAUCUUUUUAUUCUGACCUGUAUGCAUGUUUUCAGGUGGAGCUGCUUAGUGUCUCCUUAAGAUAUUUCUUAGCAGGGGAGCCCGAGAAGUGAUUGAUGAGAAAUUACUGUUAUCAAAGGCAAUGAUUUAAAAAAUGAAGUGCCUUGAGGUUAUUUAAAUGGUUACAUUACCAUUGUCUACAUUCUGGUAAACAUUGAUAUCAAAGUGAUAUGAAGAACUAUUAACUGAAUCACAUUUCUUGUCAUAACCCCAGCUAAGCAACUAAACAAGUUGUCUCUACCAAACAUGCUUGAUCCAAAAAAACCCUUUCCUAUUUGUAUCUUUUUCCCCUAAUAUUUCAUUUCUUUGUACAUCAUAGAAGUAUUUAUGUCAAUCCAAACUGCAGUUUUCUGUUUCAGGGAAAUACUCAAAUUGUUGAUCAAUUGGAACUGAGACACUGAUUUGUUGUUCCAUAUCCUCAUACUGUUAAAAGAUGUGAAGAGAGAGCAGUGUCUGCUAGCAAUCACUAUGGUAAUGUCUUCUGUCUCUGUAAAACAAUUCGAUACUGUUGCUUUAGAGCAUCAGGUAGACUGUGCUUCUCAGUGCUAAUCUUAAAGGUGACUGAUUGGUACUCUAAACUCACCUUUCUUAUCUUAAUGAUGAACACUGCCAUUCCCUAUCAUCCCUCCUAAUGAAUGCCUUCUGAUCUGCAAUGGCGCUUGAACCGGUUGUGAUUGUGAGCCUGGGAUUUAAAGCAACAUGUGUCAUGGUGGGUUAGAAUACACACAAUUGCAUGGGCAGUGGUUGGCACUUAGUCCAGUAAAAUAGUACAGUAGCCUGAACAGGUUGGUAUCACUGCAUUAGAUAUUGCUGUUUUUAAAGAGUUUGAUAUUAACCGUAUAUUGCUGCUCUGUGCUCUUUGGUGUGUAAAAAAAAAAAAAAGAGAGAGAUGGGGACAGAGUCAAGAAAUCCUUUUGGCUGUUUUUAAAUUAAUGGGGAUAAAAUGGACAGACAUGGGAGUUCUUUUCUAUUUAUGUACUUUGGGUGUGUGCGUGUGAGGGAGGAAGUCAGACUAGAUGUUUUCAGUGGAAAACAUUGACUGACUUUUCAGACAAUAUCUACUGCCUCUCUAAAGUAGCUUUUUUUUCCAAAAAGUUUUUUACUGUAAUUUUGUAUAUUUUGGAUCCAUAUCAUUCAACAGCCCAAUGUUGUUCAUAUGCAUUCGGAGCUUUUUAAUAGAAGACUGAGAAAAACAGCCACAAGAUCAGAGGCUAUGAAUGUAUAUAACACUUAACUGAAGUCAUUCCAGAGUGGGGAUCAUAAUCUCUACUCAGAAUAAUGCUCAUAACCCAGAGAAGUCUGUAUAAAUCCAUUGACCUAUCCGGUCCAAAGAAACCUUGGCUUCUGUGUUAGAAGCACUUUUUUUACCUUACUAAUUUUAUUACUAUUUAAAAAAAUAUGUAAUACCAAUGAACUUUGUGACUAUUGAAAUAAGACCUAAACUCAGCAUGUGACCCACAAAAGCAAAAAAAGAAUACCUGAGGCUGAUGCUUCUCUAUUGCAGAUAGAUAGAAGUGAGCACUAUGGGCUUUGCAAAGCAGUGCUGGUUGUCAGCGGGGCAAGAAACGCAUGCAAAGCAUCUGUCUACAGAAAUCCUGCCAGUUGUACCUCUGACCUUCAAAACAUUUCCAUCUGACAGUGUAUAUGCUGCCAUAGCGAGGCUCAACAGGGUCUGCUUUGAAAUUGUAACUCCUUUGAUUUUGUGGGAGUGUCUGCUCAUUGAUAGUAUUUGAACAAGUCCACUGGUUGUGGAGAAGUGUCAGCAUCUUGGUCAUGAUGCUGAGAAACCACAACUUACAUUGGCUUCAGAGACUUGCAGAUGGUUGGCACCCCUCACAGUCAGACCCUGAACGCAGUCUGGCCAGCUGAGCCUCCUGGGCAGAUACCUUUUGAAAGCAAUAUGUCUCUGUUCAGGGGGAGGGGUACACCCAAAUGGCUCAGCUUGUAGGAUUGUGGGGCUAGUCUCUGCCAGCCAAUAACAGUAUUUUAAUUUCUCAAAGGCUAGAGUUGUUGAAAAGGUGCUUAUGAAUGGAAUAAAGGAAUGUUAUGACACAUUAACCAUAUAGAAAACUGACCUCUGCUUACUCUGGUAGAACUAAGAAAACAGCUCUUUAAUUGAAUUAUUCUUGUUUUAAUGCACAUGUUAAUAAAAGGUAUGAUGUUAAGAGUCCAAACCACUGCACUUCAUUUCCAACACUGCUGUCUUCGAACUUCCUAUUGCCUUAUGGGAGUUUUUGUACCUGUCCUGUACAGUAGCAAUAAAAGAACCAACUUAUUAGAAAAGG